AUGUCUUACAUUCUUCAGUUUCCUCUCCGUUUGUUGAGAUCUAUCUCACUGUUCAUAUCUAUCUAUCUAUCUAUCUAUCUAUCUAUCUAUCUAUCACUAUCGAUCUAUCUAUCUAUCUAUCACUAUCGAUCUAUCUAUAUUACUUUUCCCUUUGUAUCUAUCCAUCCAACUGUUCUUUUUAUUCUUUCUUUCUAUCUAUAUCACGGUUCAUUUAUAUUUAUCUAUUUUUUCAUUUCUAUCUAUUUCACUGUUUAUUUCUAUUUCAGUCUGUCCAUUAUCUAUCUAUCUAUCUAUCUAUCUAUCUAUCUAUCUAUCUAUCUAUCUAUCUAUCUCUAUCGACCUAUCUUACUGUUUCUUUCUUUCUAUCUAUCUAUCUCUAUCAACCUAUCUUACUGUUUCUUUCUUUUUAUCUAUCUAUCUCUAUCAACCUAUUUUUGUUUCAUUUCUCUAUCUAUCUAUCAACCUAUCUUACUGUUUUUUUCUUCAUCUAUCUAUCUCUAUCAACCUAUCUUUACUGUUUCUUUCUUUCUAACUAUCUAUCAACUAUCUUACUCUAUCUUUCAUCUAUCUCUUUCCUAUCUCUAUUUCUAUCUAUCUAUCUAUCAACCUAUCUUACUGUUUCUUUCUAUCUAUCUAUCUCUAUCAACCUAUCUUACUGUUUCUUUCUAUGUAUCUAUCUCUAUCAACCUAUCUUACUGUUUCUUUCUAUCUAUCUAUCUCUAUCAACCUCUCUUACUGUUUCUUUCUAUCUAUCUCUAUCAACCUAUCUUACUGUUUCUUUCUUUCUAUCUAUCUAUCUCUAUCAACCUAUCUUACUGUUUCUUUCUUUCUAUCUAUCUAUCUCUAUCAACCUAUCUUACUGUUUCUUUCUUUCUAUCUAUCAACCUCUUAUUGUUUUCUUUCUAUCUAUCAACCUAUCUUACUGUUUCUUUCUUUUCUAUCUAUCAACCCUAUCUUACUGUUUCUUUCUUUCUAUCAUCAACCUAUCUUACUGUUUCUUUCUUUCUAUCUAUCUAUCUUACUGUUUCUUUCUUUAUCUUUCUAUCAACCUGUUUACUGUUUCUUUCUUUCAUCUAUCAACCUAUCUUACUGUUUCUUUUCUUUCUAUCUAUCAACCUAUCUUACUGUUUCUUUCUUUCUAUCUAUCAACCUAUCUUACUGUUUCUUUCUUUUCUAUCUAUCAACCUAUCUUACUGUUUCUUUCUUUCUAUCUAUCAACCUAUCUUACUGUUUCUUUCUUUCAUCUAUCAACCUAUCUUUACUGUUUCUUUCUUUCUAUCUAUCAACCUAUCUUACUGUUUCUUUCUUUCUAUCUAUCAACCUAUCUUACUGUUUCUUUCUUUCUAUCUAUCAACCUAUCUUUACUGUUUCUUUCUUUCUAUCUAUCAACCUAUCUUACUGUUUCUUUUCUUUCAUCUAUCAACCUAUCUUACUGUUUCUUUCUUUCUAUCUAUCAACCUAUCUUACUGUUUCUUUCUUUCUAUCUAUCAACCUAUCUUACUGUUUCUUUCUUUCUAUCUAUCAACCUAUCUUACUGUUUCUUUCUUUCUAUCUAUCAACCUAUCUUACUGUUUCUUUCUUUCUAUCUAUCAACCUAUCUUACUGUUUCUUUCUUUCUAUCUAUCAACCUAUCUUACUGUUUCUUUCUUUCAAUCUAUCAACCUAUCUUACUGUUUCUUUCUUUCUAUCUAUCAACCUAUCUUUACUGUUUCUUUCUUUUCUUCAUCUAUCAACCUAUCUUACUGUUUCUUUCUUUCUUUCUAUCUAUCUAUCUUACUGUUUCUUUCUUUCUAUCUAUCUAUCUAUCAAUCUAUCUUACUGUUUCUUUCUUUCUAUCUAUCUAUCAACCUAUCUUACUGUUUCUUUCUAUCUAUCUAUCUAUCUAUCUAUACCUCUUACUGUUUCUUUCUAUCUAUCUAUACCUCUUACUGUUUCUUUCUAUCUAUCUAUCUAUCUAUACCUCUCGCUGAUUCUUUCUAUCUAUCUAUUCUCUUACUGUUUCUUUCUAUCUAUCUAUCUAUCUAUCUAUACCUCUCGCUGUUUCUUUCUAUCUAUCUAUCUAUCUAUCUAUCUAUCUAUCUAUCUAUCUAUCUAUCUAUCCCUCUCGCUGUUUCUUUCUAUCUAUCUAUCUAUCUAUCUAUCUAUCUAUCAUUCAUUCAUCUAUCUAUCUAUACCUCUCUCGCUGUUUCUUUCUAUCUAUCUAUCUAUCUAUCUAUCUAUACCUCUCGCUGUUUCUUUCUAUCUAUCUAUCUAUCUAUCUAUCUAUCUAUCUAUACCUCUCGCUGUUCAUUUCUAUCUAUCUCGCUGUUCAUUUCUAUCUAUCUAUCUCAUUCUUUUUCUAUCUAUCUCAUUCUUUUUCUAUCUAUCUAUCUAUCUCCUUUUCAUUAG